GCGGCGCUCUCGGCUGCUGCCUGGGAGAGAGAGGCCGGGCAGGCGGCGGAGCGGCGCGGCUCUCAACCUGACUGCGGAGUGGCCUGGGCGGCCGCAGCUACUUAAAGGAGCUGUGGCGGACGGACUGACCGGCGGACGACUGAGCCGGGAGCCGUGCGGGGCGACGCCGAGAACGAGCUUGUCAGGCUCCGCGGCUGCACACUGUCGGUGUGCUGAAUGAAGCGCCCGUCUCGCUGAGCCCCGAGCCCGGCGCCUUCCCUGCAAGAUGGACGGUUUCGCCGGCAGCCUCGAUGAUAGCAUUUCUGCUGCAAGUACUUCUGAUGUUCAAGAUCGCCUCUCAGCUCUUGAGUCCCGGGUUCAACAACAAGAAGAUGAAAUCACCGUGCUGAAGGCAGCCUUGGCUGAUGUAUUGAGGCGUCUUGCAAUCUCUGAAGAUCAUGUGGCCUCAGUGAAGAAAUCUGUUCCAAAUAAAGGCCAACCAAGCCUUCGAGAAGCUAUUUCUAUGUCCUGUAUAACCAAUGGAAGUGGUAUAAACAGAAAACCAAGUCACACCAGCUCUGUCUCAAUUGCAAGAAAAGAAACUCUUUCAUCUGCUGCUAAAAGUGGUACAGAAAAAAAGAAAGAAAAACCACAAGGACAGAAAGAAAAAAAAGAGGAAUCUCAUUCUAAUGAUCAAAGUCCACAAAUUCGAGCAUCACCUUCUCCCCAGCCCUCUCCACAGCCUCUCCAAAUACACAGACAAACUCCAGAAAGCAAGAGUUCUGCUCCCACCAAAAGUAUAAAACGUCCACAAACAGCUGAGAAGUCACAUAAUUCAUGGGAAAAUUCAGAAGAUAGUCGUAAUAAAUUAUUGAAAACUAUUUCAACAUCAAAAUUAAUAUCAAAAGUUAUAAAAAAUACAGACAAACAUAAAGAUGUUAUCAUCAAUCAAGCAAAAAUAUCAACCCGUGAAAAAAACAGCCAAGAAGGAGAAUAUAUUAAAAUGUUUAUGCGAGGUCGGCCAAUUACUAUGUUCAUCCCUUCAGAUGUUGACAACUACGAUGAUAUCAGAACUGAACUGCCUCCCGAGAAACUCAAACUGGAGUGGGCAUAUGGUUAUCGAGGAAGGGACUGUCGGGCUAAUGUUUACCUUCUUCCUACGGGGGAAAUAGUUUAUUUCAUUGCAUCAGUAGUAGUGCUAUUUAAUUAUGAGGAGAGAACUCAACGACACUACCUGGGUCAUACAGACUGUGUGAAAUGCCUUGCUAUACAUCCUGACAAAAUUAGGAUCGCAACUGGACAGAUAGCUGGAGUGGAUAAAGAUGGAAGGCCUCUGCAGCCCCAUGUCCGAGUGUGGGAUUCAGUUAGUCUCUCCACGCUGCAAGUUAUUGGACUUGGAACUUUCGAGCGUGGAGUAGGAUGCCUGGAUUUUUCAAAAGCAGAUUCAGGUGUUCAUUUAUGCGUUAUUGAUGACUCCAAUGAGCAUAUGCUUACUGUUUGGGACUGGCAGAAAAAAUCUAAAGGAGCAGAGAUAAAGACAACAAAUGAAGUUGUUUUGGCUGUUGAGUUCCACCCAACAGAUGCAAAUACCAUAAUAACAUGUGGUAAAUCUCAUAUUUUUUUCUGGACCUGGAGUGGCAAUUCACUAACAAGAAAACAGGGAAUUUUUGGGAAAUACGAAAAACCAAAAUUCGUUCAGUGUUUGGCCUUCUUGGGGAAUGGAGAUGUUCUUACUGGUGACUCAGGUGGAAUCAUGCUCACCUGGAGCAAAACUACCAUAGAGCCCACACCUGGGAAAGGACCUAAAGGUGUCUAUCAGAUCAGCAAACAAAUCAAAGCUCAUGAUGGCAGUGUGUUCACACUCUGUCAGAUGAGAAAUGGGAUGUUGUUGACUGGAGGAGGAAAAGACCGGAAAAUUAUUCUGUGGGAUCAUGAUCUGAAUCCUGAAAGAGAAAUCGAGGUUCCUGAUCAGUAUGGCACAAUCAGAGCUGUUGCAGAAGGAAAGGCAGAUCAAUUUUUAGUGGGUACAUCACGAAACUUCAUUUUACGGGGAACAUUUAACGAUGGCUUCCAAAUAGAAGUACAGGGUCAUACUGAUGAACUUUGGGGUCUUGCUACACAUCCCUUCAAAGAUUUGCUCUUGACAUGUGCCCAGGACAGGCAGGUGUGCAUGUGGAAUUCAGUGGAGCACAGGUUGGAAUGGACCAGGCUCUUGGAUGAACCAGGACACUGUGCAGAUUUUCAUCCAAGUGGCACAGUGGUGGCCAUAGGAACGCACUCAGGCAGGUGGUUUGUUCUGGAUGCAGAAACAAGAGAUCUAGUUUCUAUCCACACUGAUGGGAAUGAACAGCUCUCUGUGAUGCGCUACUCAGUAGAUGGUACUCUCCUGGCUGUAGGAUCUCAUGACAACUUUAUUUACCUCUAUGUGGUCUCAGAAAAUGGAAGAAAAUACAGCAGACAUGGAAAGUGCACUGGACAUUCGAGCUAUAUCACCCACCUUGACUGGUCCCCAGAUAAUAAGCAUAUAAUGUCUAACUCAGGCGACUACGAGAUACUGUACUGGGACAUUGAAAAUGGCUGCAAACUAAUCAGGAAUCGAUCAGAUUGUAAGGACAUCGAUUGGACGACAUACACCUGCGUGCUAGGCUUUCAAGUCUUUGGCGUCUGGCCAGAAGGAUCUGAUGGAACAGACAUCAAUGCACUGGUGCGAUCCCACAAUAGAAGGGUGAUAGCUGUGGCUGAUGACUUCUGUAAAGUCCAUCUGUUUCAGUACCCCUGCUCCAAAGCCAAGGCUCCUAGUCACAAAUACAGUGCCCACAGCAGCCAUGUUACCAACGUCAGUUUUACUCAUAAUGACAGUCACCUGAUUUCAACUGGUGGGAAAGACAUGAGCAUCAUUCAGUGGAAGCUUGUGGAGAAGUUACCUUUGCCUCAGAAUGAGGUCAUGGCAGACAGCACACUAACCAAAACCGCUGCCUCUUGCACUGAGAAUGCUAGCCAAUCCAGCACUCCUCCACUGCCUUCUUCCCAGCCCUUAACUGAGACAGCUGAGGAAGAAAGUAGAAUAAGCAAUUCUCCCACACUUCUGGAGAAUAGCCUGGAGCAGACUAUGGAGCCCACCGAAGACCACAGCGAGGAGCAGAGUGAGGGGGGCAGUGAAGACCUGGGUGGGAUGGUUGAUGAAGAGCCUGCCAAGGAGUUAAGUGAGAAGCAGAGGGCAGCCAGUCUUCCCAAGGACCACCCCUAUGCUAAGACCCAGGCUUCAGGAUUCUUUGUCCCUUCAGAUAACAGGGUGGGCCGUGAUGGGGAAUAGGAAUCACUGUUGAUGGAGGUCUGUUUUCCAGGUCAUCUGUUUUCUUCAGUAGUCUUAUAUGCCAUCUGUGAGAUGCAGCAAACCAAAAGGUUAUUUGGAGUGCAUUGAAAAUCUAACCAAACUUAAAUAGCAGGAGGAGACAGAACCGCGAGUGGGUCUCAGAAGUCACUGUGUAUGGUAUAAAUACUGGAAACAAGCACUGCAGUUGUAUCAUUGAAAUAAAUCCAUUAUCUGAACGAGUUUUCUUCGGGAACAGCCGGAGGCAUCACAAACACUGUUGCUCAUCUACUGGCUCAGAUUCCACUUUUUUUCCUGUUGCAGAAAAAGAAAGCAGGAAGAAAUGUGCUGUUAUUGUGGUAUCGUCCCACCCCAAAUGUCUAGUGGAACUUUUUUAAUUAAGGAAAACUUCAGUAUUGCUGAGUACAAUGGUGUUGUCCUUUCAGAUGAUACUGCGUUUUCUUACACUACCAGUAGGUGUCCAGAUGUGCUUCCUAGUCUACUGUGUAGGUGCUGCCUUUUCUAAGUUACUACAAGGAGUAGUCCUUCAUUUCUUGUGUACAAAUUAUUUUAUCCUACAACUAAGCAUUGGUUUGUUGAAGAGCUUUUAAUGUAUAUUAACCAUGAUUCUAAGAAAUGGCAGACUCUCCAAGAAGGCCUUUCUUGGCCUAAACAUUCUCUAAUGUUUGGCAUUCAAGUGAGUAGAAGAAAGGGGAAAAAACAAAACCCACGCCUUUAAAAGUGAACGGUAAGAAUCACCUGGCUAAUCUUAGCUUAGCCUUCAUCAUUAUCUGUUUCCUCAGCAGAAUAGAAACACAGUAAGUUUGAAUUGGUGCUUGAAAUUCCUUGGUUUAGUUGUAAUUUUUAUAUUCAAACUAAUUAUGUUGAGGAAUAUGGUAUUCAGAAAAUUGCAAAUUGUUUUUUACAGAGUGUGACUAAUAGUCACAGUACUUUUUAUAAAUUGCAUACUUUACAGACUUGAUCUAUGUGGUCAUUUCGUUCCUGAGGUAGUUGCUGUGGGCCUUGCAGAUAUAAUGUGGCUAGUUUCUAUUUGGAGCGAUGCAUGUAUUGAGAUGCAUUGGAAAGUUGGACUUUUUUUUUUUUUUCAAGUAUUGUCAAAUAACUGUUUUUCUUAAGUACGUUUCCAACUUUAUAAUAAUUACAAUUGUAUUUCCUAUAUAUUUGUUUAUACUUUGAUUACAAAAAUCCUUUUUGUUUUCUUUUUUAACUUGAUACAUUGUUUUCAUACUUUUUGUUGUUGGAUCAUGUUUAGAAACUUUGGAUGUGUUCAGAAGUCUUAAGUAUGCAAGUGUUUACGUGAUUGUGCCAUUCCAAAGUGCGUCUGAACUGUCAUUCCUUUCUAGUAUCUUCUCAGGAGUAAUGCAUAUCAGGUAUUUCAUCAUCGUUGGGAAAUAAGAAAGCUCCAGUGAACUCCCAAGGACGCUUCUAGCACCUGUCCACACCCUGUGUGGAAGGGAGACUGUGCAUCGAGAUCAGAAGAUGCGCACAUCAAAGUACUCAUAUAGGCCUCUGUGUGUGUGGGUUAUGUUCGUGUGUAUAUCUUUCCUUUUGUUUACAACUGUUUUUUUUUUAUUAUUUAAAAAAAAAAAAAGAAAAAACACCUCAAAGUAGCUCUCUUCCACAGAAGAGAUAAAUUCCAAGCCACCUGACUUUCUUUCAGUAUGGUCUGAACACAGUCGUCAGAGAACAUCUGUUUCAGGCAUCUCUAGCCACCAGUUCGCAGUGGUGACGAAAUCAGGCAGAGGCCAUCUGGUCCUUUUGAGAAGUAAAGGAGGAGAUGAACGAGCAGUUCUAAAAGAAAGUGCAUUUCCUUUAGUGCCUGGGAGAUACUGCUCUCCAUGAUAAGCAGGGAAUUUAUUUUGGGGACAUCUGUCACCUUUGGGGUUGCCAUGUACAAUGAGAUGUAUAAUCAUGAUACUCUUGGGUGGUAGUUUCCAAAGACACUACUAAUACGCAGAAAGCGUUCCAGCUUCUAAUGCUGGCAACUACUGUUUAUGGUCAGUCAAAUCUGUGAUAAUGGUUGGAAGUAGGUGGGAUAUGAAAUUGUAGAUGUUUUUAGAAAAACUUGUGAAUGAAAAUGAAUCCAAGUGUUUCAUGUGAUGAUGAGCCAUUUCUAUCAUGCAUUCCGAUGUCAUGGCAGAAAAUUUUGAAGAUUAAAAAUAAACUGUUUCCUUUGCCUUUU